AUGGCCAACAACGAUCUUACUCUCAAGGCUGUCUACGCUGCGCCCGACUCAAGCAAGACUCUCUCCCACGCUAUCGCUGUCGAUACCAGCAAAGAUUCUUUCGCUGCAAAGCAAUCACAUCUGACUAUACUGCAAGCUCUCGUUCCACAGCUACAGGAGGAGAUCAAUGUCUUUCUAACCGAGCGCAUGGAAGAAGAUAAAAAGGCACAGGGUGCUGUCUCGGAGAAGGAAGCCCGGGAGGAGGAAAACUACGGCGAGGAAGUCGUGGAGGAGGAUGCUUGA